GUUAUAUUGUUCCAACUUUGUACCAAACCCAUUAAAGAAACAAAGAAAGUGCUUCAGAAAUUGCAGAAACUUGUCACUGUUCCAAUUUUCUUGUCGGUUCACAAGGUCAUUAUUGUCAUUCUUACCCCACAGGAACAUAAAAUCCAACAUUAUUGGCGCAUAAGCAUUGCAGUAAAAAUAAUGCACCAAAAGCUACCUUAAAGUCCAUUUUACUUGCAAGAAUUGUUUAUAUGUUUUUCUUUUUCUUAUAGCUUACUCCAAAUUUAGAUCUUGCAAGUCAAAAAUUCCUUAUGUCAAUUGCCCCUUUUAGUAGUAAACAGCAAAAAAUUUCUCAAGAUAAUGCAAUCCCUACCUGAACCUGAAACAGAAGAUGAUACAAGAAAACAUCAAGCUUCUCUUUAAUGGCAAAUACUAAAAAGUUCCCUCCUUUCUUCUUCUUCUUUGUCCUCUUCUCUUGCUGCUUCUUCUCCACUUCAAGUUCAAAUUUUGCACCAGAGAUAAAAGUGCAGCAAGACAAAGAUGAGCCAUAUGUGGGAGUGAACAUAGGUACAGAUGUUUCCAAUUUGCUUUCACCUGCAGACUUGGUUGCUUUUUUGCAAUUACAGAAGAUAACUCAUAUAAGGCUUUAUGAUGCUGACCCUGAUAUACUCAAAGCACUAGCUAAGACCAAAAUAAGAGUGAUUAUUAGUGUGCCUAACAACCAAAUUCUUGCUAUUGGGUCCUCUAAUACUACUGCAGCUGCCUGGAUUGGGCGCAAUGUGGCAGCUUAUUACCCUGAAACUCUUAUCACUGCAAUAGCAGUUGGGGAUGAAAUCUUGACCACUGUGCCAAGUUCAGCUCCUUUGCUUAUGCCAGCAAUUGAGUCACUUUAUAGUGCUUUAGUGGCUGCAAAUUUGCAUAACCAAAUCAAGAUUUCAACUCCAAAUGCUGCUUCCAUUAUUCUUGACCCUUUUCCACCUUCCCAAGCUUUUUUCAAUCAGUCCAUGAGCUCUGUCCUUUCUAAGUUAUUGCAGUUCUGUUCAAGGACACAGUCACCUCUGAUGAUGAAUUUGUACCCUUAUUAUGUGUUUAUGCAGAAUAAAGGGGUUGUUCCUAUAGACAACUCUCUUUUCAAGCCCUUGACACCUUCUAAAGAGAUGGUGGAUCCUAAUACUUUGCUUCAUUACACCAAUGUGCUUGAUGCAAUGAUUGAUUCAGUCUAUUUUUCCAUGAAAAAUCUCAAUAUUACAGAUGUGCUAGUUCUUGUUACCGAGUCAGGAUGGCCUUCAAAGGGGGAUUCUAAAGAGCCUUAUGCUACAAUUGACAAUGCUGAUACUUAUAACUCGAAUUUAAUUAAGCAUAUAAUUGAUCGCAGUGGUACACCAUUGCAUCCGGAGAUUACUUCUAGUGUAUACAUAUAUGAGUUAUUCAAUGAGGAUUUGAGGUCACCCCCAUUGUCCGAGGCAAAUUGGGGGCUAUUCCAUGGGAAUUCAACGCCUGUUUACCUGCUUCAUGUGUCUGGAAGUGGUACAUUCUUGGCUAAUGACACCACUAACCAAACGUAUUGCAUAGCAAUGGAUGGGGUUGAUAAGAGAACAAUGCAGGCAGCUUUAGAUUGGGCUUGUGGACCGGGGAGGGCAAAUUGCUCUGAAAUUCAGCCAGGAGAGAGUUGUUAUCAGCCUAAUGAUGUGAAGAACCAUGCUUCAUAUGCAUUUGAUAGCUAUUAUCAGAAAGAAGGGGGAUCUCCUAGUUCUUGUGACUUCAAGGGAGUGGCCAUGAUCACCACAACUGAUCCAAGUCACGGGAGUUGUAUAUUUCCAGGAAGCAAGAAAGUAAGCAAUAAAACAAGCGAGGUAGUGAACGCGACACAACCAAGUGGAGCAAAUACAAUAAGGUUUCUUGGAGCACAGACAAGUAUAUUUGACAAGAAUGUGCAUGUUUUAUUUGGUGUUGCCUUGUGCUUGUUUUAUUAUUCAUUGAUUCAGGUACAAUUAAGUUAAUUAGUUUUUUAGUUGAAAUCUUUUUAUUUGUUCAAUAAAGAAAGUAGUACUAGUUCAUUGUGGAGAGGGCAGUGAUGUUUUGCAGAGGAGUGCUUAUGAAUAUUUUUUUGGGAGGAUCACAUGUAAGGGGAUUCUUUGAUGGACCUUUUUGUAAAAAGAAAGUUGUAUCUAAUGAGAUUCUUGGAAGUUCUUUCUCCUUAUAA